AUGGCAGUCAGGAGUAAUCGUGCUUCUAAAUCUUUGUCGUUGGGGUCUUUGUCGGUCUUUGCCCGAACAUGUUCCGAACCUGAACACGUGGGUAAAGCAGCGGAAGCCACUGAUCAACGGGAGGAGAGCGGAUUUUUUAUAGGUUCACGGCGUGCGCUCCAGGUUUUUCUUGUGCAGGCAGUGUGUGUAUAAGGUUUGAGCAAGGGAAGUGGGUGACAAAGAUGAACAGCAAUGUGAUUUUCACCCCAGCAGAGAGAAGGUGCGCCCAGCUCAUCCCAGCGUUGGCUGCCUGGACCGUAGAGCAUGCCUGGCUUCACCGGAUGGAGGGCAUCUUUGACGCUUUGCCUACAUGGUGCCUGGUGGAUAUGCAGUCCGUCACACUGGAGGACCCGUGCAGCCUGCGUGUUGCAGCUGCGUGGGUGUGGACUGUGGUGAAGGCACGGGAUAUGAUGCAGUUUGAGAAGGUCCUGGAGCUCCUGGACGUCUUCCACACAUUGCUGCCACAGCUGGUCACGCCCAUCAAACACAUGAAAGUCAUGUUUGGUCUUAAGACUGUGAUUAUCAUGUGGAUGUUUCGGGAGAACCAAAGCGUAUUCCGUACUAUUUUCAAGAUCAUUCGCUUCUUCCCCGACAAGUUCCCCCAGUACCAUGGUUGUAGCCGGAGUAUGGAGACUCUGAUGAGGAAAACUCACCAAGACUUUAAGGCAUUUGCACAGCUGCUGGCCACCCAGAGGGAGGUGCGAGAGGCAUACCUCAAGGAGCAUGUGGAGGAGCAGUAUGGGGAGAGGUAUGCUCAGAAGCUGGAUGAGAGGCUGUUUCAUUACCUCCAGGAGCUGGAGGCCAAGCUGCCACCCACCACAAACAUAGAGCGGGUGCUACAACAGGAGUGUCCGCUGGUGGAAGGAGAGGCGUUACUGAAAAACCUGUUAAGUUGCAGUUCUGCUUUAGUGCCAGAAGUCUUGGGGAGGCUGCAGCUGUGUGCUAUAUCUAUUUCCAGUGGCUCCAAUGAGACCAACCACCAGUGCAGCAUGCCCAGGAUAUACACUGAAGUGGACCAAAGCCCUAAUCCACCCAUUGCCUUGGGGGGACAAUUCCUGCCUUGCAUCCCCACAUCACAACAGACCAACAAUGGCACAGGCUUCGGAAUGAUGCAGGGAGGGGGUGGGGCUGGGUGUUGCCCCCCAUCUCCCCUGCAAGAACGGUAUUCUCAGCCAGGGCAGAGAAUGAGCCAUUUUGUUGUGGCAGCAUGGGAGGAGUGCCCCCUACAGCUGUGUUCAAAGCACUGCAGAUGGGUGAGGAAUAUCUUACAGGGAUGCUCAGAGGAAGGGCGGAGUUAUGGUGGGGGCAUUGUGGAGGAGGGCAAGAGUCAAGGAGGCAUAGAGGAGAGCUCAGAGGAAGGGCGGAGUCAUGGUGGGGGCGUCGCGGAGGUGAGCUCAGAGGAAGGGCGGAGUCAUGGUGGGGGCGUCGUGGAGGAGAGCUCAGAGGAAGGGCGGAGUCAUGGUGGGGGCGUCGUGGAGGAGAGCUCAGAGGAAGGGCGGAGUCAUGGUGGGGGUGCCGCGGAGGAGGGCAGGAGUCAUAGUAGGGGUGUCGCAGAGGAGAGCUCAGAGGGCAGGAGUUAUGGUGGGGGCGUUGCGGAGGAGGGCAGGAGUCAUAGUAGGGGUGUCGCAGAGGAGAGCUCAGAGGGCAGGAGUUAUGGUGGGGGCGUUGCGGAGGAGGGCAGGAGUCAUAGUGGGGGGGUCGGGAGGUCAGAGGAAUGGCGGAGUCAUGGUGGGGGCGUCGCGGAGGAGAGCUCAGAGGAAGGGCGGAGUCAUGGUGGGGGCGUCGCGGAGGAGAGCUCAGAGGAAGGCCGGAGUCAUGGUGGGGGUGCCGCGGAGGAGGGCAGGAGUCAUAGUGGGGGUGUCGUGGAGGAGAGCUCAGAGGGCAGGAGUCAUGGUGGGGGUGUCGUGGAGGAGAGCUCAGAGGGCAGGAGUCAUGGUGGGGGCGUCGUGGAGGAGCGCUCAGAGGAAGGGCGGAGUCAUGGUGGGGGCGUCGCGGAGGAGAGCUCAGAGGGCAGGAGUCAUGGUGGGGGUGUCGUGGAGGAGAGCUCAGAGGAAGGGCGGAGUCAUGGUGGGGGCGUCGCGGAGGAGAGCUCAGAGGAAGGGCGGAGUCAUGGUGGGGGCGUCGCGGAGGAGAGCUCAGAGGAAGGGCGGAGUCAUGGUGGGGGCGUCGUGGAGGAGAGCUCAGAGGAAUGGCGUAGUCAUGGUGGGGGUGCCACAGAGGAGAGCUCAGAGGGCAGGAGUCAUGGUGGGGGCGUCGCGGAGGAGAGCUCAGAGGAAUGGCGGAGUCAUGGUGGGGGUGCCACAGAGGAGAGCUCAGAGGGCAGGAGUCAUGGUGGGGGCGUCGUGGAGGAGAGCUCAGAGGAAGGCCGGAGUCAUGGUGGGGGUGUCGCGGAGGAGGGCAGGAGUCAUAGUGGGGGUGUCGCAGAGGAGAGCUCAGAGGGCAGGAGUUAUGGUGGGGGCAUCACUGAGGAGGGCAGGAGUCAUAGUGGGGGUGCCACAGAGGAGAGCUCAGAGGGCAGGAGUCAUGGUGGGGGUGUCGUGGAGGAGAGCUCGGAGGGCAGGAGUCAUGGUGGGGGUGUUGUGGAGGAGAGCUCAGAGGAAGGCCGGAGUCAUGGUGGGGGCGUCGCGGAGGAGAGCUCAGAGGAAGGGCGGAGUCAUGGUGGGGGCGUCGUGGAGGAGGGCAGGAGUCAUGGUGGGGGUGUCACGGACCAGAGCACCAUUCAGCUGGACUUUCUGAAAGAAUAA